AUGGGCAAUGUUCUGGCUAUAUGGGAAACUGGGGAGUCUGACUCAGACCACAGAGAACUGAGGGAGCACAGGGCUGGAACUGAGGAGGAGGGUUUUCAGGGAGUGGAGUUCUGCCAAAGGGCAAUGUCAAUUGGCCAAGCCAUAAGCAAAGCAAGGAACAGGCAUACCAUCGAGAUUGAACUGAACUUCCAAGUCCGUCUUACCAUCCACCUCUUUUGUCAAAAAGAUGGACAGGCUUUGAUGGUGAAGUUGAUAUGGGAUCUCACCCCGAACUCAGAAUCUCUUUGGGUGAAGUGGGUGCAUGAGUAUUAUGUUAAAUCGGAAACGGUUUGGUCAUAUACUUUGCCGGUCUCGGCGUCAUGGCAGAUGAGGAAGAUCUGGAAGCUUCGGCAUGACGCGCUGCGGUGUAUUGUGCCGGGGGUUCGGCCGACUUGGGUAGUGGCCGGAGUUUUCCUCCGCCUAUACAUAUCAGCGGAUUCGACAGCACCAAUUGCUGACAUGGGUCGCGUGAUGAUGAGAGUAGAUUAUAUAAGUGAAUAUAUUCAAACUCUCUUUCAUCGUUACGUGCCUCUCAAUUACAUCGAUCCUGCGCUUACCCUAUGA